AUGUCGUCGUCAUUCCUGGAAACCAAACAAAAGAUCAAGAAGAGGAAGUACUCUAGAAACGGAUGCAAGGAAUGCAAGCGACGCAAGAUUAAAUGCGACGAGACGCUUCCAGAAUGUAACAACUGCAGCCGCUUGAACAAAAGAUGUGUUUAUGAGCAGACGACGGCUGUUGGCCCCGGCGAUUCUCACACAGACAAAAUUGGGGCCAAUGACUCAGACAAGAAGCCCAAAAUAGAGUUGCAGAUGCGCUACUACUCACAAUCGCCACCUAAGCUUGCUGUGGAGCUGCUGCCGACGCAACAGCGCCAGUAUAUUGAUGCGUUUGCCGCCAGUGCAGAACGAAUGCAUGGCCGGAGCCAAACUUACGGAAACGGCAUCGUUCUGGCAACCAACAAUGCUACCGUCCUCCAAUCGACAUCACGCAUGGAACCUCAGCAUGGAGAAAGAUCACAAGUCGGCGAAAUAGGCAUGCUAGCGCCUCCACCUGCCGCAACACUGAACUUACCUUCUCCAUCUCAAAUAGGGAUGAGUCCAGGCACCUUGACGAAUAUGGACAUGCAAAUGCUCUUCGACGAGGCCAGCGUGCUUGUUCACGAUAUGAACCAUUUAGUGGGUGAGGAUCUCUUGGAGUCGUUUGUGCUGUUGCCAAACAUGGUCAAUGUUCCUGGAGAUGGAGCCAGCAAGUCUUCGGUUGGCACCAACGCCAGUCCGCUCAGCAAUACUUCCGAUGACCGCAGCCAGUUCCGCAUUGAUGACUUUUCAGCUUCUAUUCACGAAGAUGCAUACGUGAGCCCGUCAGGAAUCCAGGAACACUUGUUGCUCUCAAAUCUGGAGCUUAUAGACCAGUGCAUCGCCGAGAACUCGUUGGAGGAGCCCCAUAUCACCUAUUUGCGCACCGUCACCACCACAGACAUUCUGUACCAUCUCUAUCCGUUUGCAUCUCUGAUUGAGCUGAACGAGGUAGUCAAGUUGCUUCUCACAUAUUCAGGAAAGUGUCCAUAUCUCUUAACAAGCUUGCUAGCCAUAUCUGCUACUUUCCAGUUCAAUCAAACGGGCAAGGCAGCUAAUGAUCGUGCCCGAAGAAAGUACAUCACGGUGUGUUUUCAGUCGUUGAGCGAUGCCUUCACUGAACAUUCCGGUUUCAAGAACACUGCCAUUUUCUCCAGUAACAUCGAGAAACUCCUACUUACAGUGCUUGUGCUUACAUCCUACUUUACAGCUACAACUUGUAUGCUGAACAAUAGCAUUCUCAACUCAUGGAAGGCACACCUCCGUGGUGCCAGAGACUUGUUGAUGAACUACAGCAAGGUCACCAGUUCGUAUCCCACGCACUUCAUAUCGGGCGGCCUUGCAUUGGCCAAAUGUUGGUUUUUUGCCAUAGAAAGUUCAGCAGCGUUCCACUCACCCAUCGGGGGGUCUCUCCUGACCGCCAAAAACGAUAGUGACUCGAAUAUAAUCAGAAAAAGUAUUUAUAGCAGCAAACCCGGAACCUCUGGCGGUGAAGAUGCUAUUUUCGCUGAAACCGGCGUCUUUGAGAGAAGUGUUCACCCAGAAUACCACGACGCCCUUUACAGAGUAAACAUGGUGAGCACAUCUCCCUCUCUGUCAGACUUCAAUCUAUUCUACGGCUACACAAGCAAGUUUGUUAAUGUUGUUCUCCAAGUUUGUUCGGUGAUAGAUACAAUGCGCGUCAAUUCCCUUCAAACGUGCCCGCAUAGAUGGCUCACGCAUCUUGUCAAACUUAACGAUGAAGCAAGCGCGGACCAUAUUGUCCCUGAGGUGCUGGUAGAAACCUUUAUGGUGCCCUCCACUAGUAUUGGACAUCCUGAAUACAGCGGUAACGACAAGGUUGUGUUUCCCAGAGCCACUUGGGUCAAUGAUGUUGAUGAAACUGGAAACAAGGUUUAUUAUUCUUGGUUUGACGCGUCGCAACAGUUGCAUGUGGAUUACCUAUAUCUUUGGAUUCUUGUUUCUCCAGGAUUUAUGAGAUUGUCCAGAACACACACAUACGUGCAAGAACUCAUUGCAAAAUUGUUUGCCGGAGCCUUUUUCAUCAAGAGCAAAUCGCUGUCGCGGUACUUGGUAGAGAAAAGCACCAUAAUAGUGGAAAGCGACAACUUCUACUUGAGCCUGACAACAUUCGAUAUGCGUUGCGUCAUGGUACAGUCAAUCUUCCGAAUUUUAUCGGGGCUCGUGAUAGAUGAUAAAGAUUUUGAAAAAAUUGAGCUUUUUUUCAUGGGACUAGUCAAGUUGGGGAAUGGAAGUUCGCUCAAUUCGUUAGACAUUGUCGCCCGAUUCAAAGAAAACCGACGCAAGAGAAGAGAACAAUUCCCAGGUGAGGUUGAUACUGAGAUAUACGAGUACUACGAGCGGUCAAUUGACAUUCCGUUUGCUUAG